GUGUGGCUGCAGGUGAUGAUUUUACCCGUCGUCUACAACUGGGUGAUCAUCAUUUUGAGAACUUGCUUCACGUCCAUCGCCUUCAGCUACCUGCCCGUGUGGCUCACCCUUGACUAUGUGUCCGACCUGCUGUAUGCCACAGAUAUGCUUAUCGCCAUCCGUACCGGAUACCUGGACCAGGGCAUCAUAAUCAAAGACCUAAAUCAGCUCAAGAAGCGCUACCUUCACUCAAAACGUUUUUUAAGAGAUCUGGUGUCCCUGCUGCCCACCGACUUGUUCUACUUGGUCUUUGGAAUCGAAACGGCCAUGGUGAGGAUAAACCGUCUUCUUCGGACACCGCGACUCAAUGAGGCACUCGAUCGCAUGGAGACAAGGACCUCUUAUCCCAACACUUUCCGCAUCUCCAAACUCAUGAUCUACAUCUUUGUCCUGAUCCACUGGAAUGCCUGUCUCUACUUUGCAUUGUCCAACUACAUUGGUUUCGGGAGAGAUGGCUGGGUUUACCCCAACAUCACUAAUCCGGUGUUUGCCUCCACGCGCCGUCAGUACUUCUACUGUUUCUGGUUCUCGGCUCAGAUCUUCACCACAGUCGGAGACACUCCACUUCCGAGUCGGGAAGAGGCAUUCUUAUUCAUGAUAGCCGACCUGCUCAUUGCCGUGUUGGUGUUUGCUUCGAUAGUUGGCAACGUCGGAAACGUCAUCACCAGUCUGAGAGACCGGGACAACGUGUUUUUCCCCAAUCAUGAGCUGGUAAAAGCCUAUUUGCGCAGCCAUCACAUCAGCAAGGAGCUGAGGCAGCGUAUUGACAACUGGUACCAACACCUACACAUCAACAAGAAGAUCAUGCGUGAGAAUGAAAUCCUGCAGCAGCUGCCCGUCCACCUGAGGACCAAGAUUGCUGUGAGUGUUCACCUGCCCACUCUCUCCAAAGUCACCAUCUUCCAGAGCUGCGAGAAGAGCCUGCUGGAGGAACUGGUGCUAAAGCUAACACCCCAGGUGUUCAGUCCAGGAGAGUAUGUGUGCAGGAAGGGAGAUGUGGGCCAUGAAAUGUACAUCAUUAAAGAAGGCAAACUGGCAGUGGUUGCAGACGACGGUGUCACAGAGUUUGCUGUGCUCAGUGAAAGCAAUUUCUUUGGCGAAAUUAGCAUUCUUAACAUUAGAGGCAACAAGUCGGGCAAUCGCCGCACUGCCAACAUCCGAAGUAUCGGCUACUCUGACCUGUUCAGCUUGUCCAAAGAGGACCUGACAGACGUGCUUUCUGAGUAUCCAGCGACCAAGCGCCACCUGGAAGAGAAAGGCAGACAGAUCCUCACCAAAAUGGGGAUGCUGGAGGUUGGUGGGGCACAAGAGGAAGAUACUGCAGAGAAAGUGGAGGUGAAGAUCAGCUGCCUGGAGAGCGUCCUGGAGGCUAUGCAAACCAAACUGGCUCGCCUCAUGGUGGAAGCGGAGUCAAGCAACCGCAAGAUGGAGGCCCGCGUGAUGCAGCUGGAGUGGGAGGUGGCCGCUCGCCACAGACGGUUGGCAGAGGGAGAGGACAACCACGAUGGAGGGGGACAAUGGCUAGGCCUGGGGGUCGGCGAGAAUGCCAUGUGCGAGAGAGAGGAGGCCGAGGCCGAGGAGCAGGAGGUCGAGUUCUGCAUCCGAGGACAGGGUGAAGACAGUAGUGAGGCCGCCAAGAAUGACGACAGGAAGAGUGCCAAGAAAGACGUGUAA